AUGGUGCAGCGUCUCACCUACCGGAAGCGCCACAGCUAUGCCACCAAAUCCAACCAGCACAGGGUCGUUAAGACACCUGGUGGUAAGCUGGUUUACCAGAGCACGAAGAAGAGAGCCAGCGGACCCAAAUGUCCUGUUACUGGAAAGAGCAUUCAAGGGAUUCCACAUUUAAGGCCUGCAGAGUACAAGAGAUCAAGGUUACCCAGAAACCGGAGGACUGUGAACCGUGCAUAUGGAGGUGUGUUGUCUGGCAGUGCUGUUAGAGAAAGGAUUAUUCGAGCUUUCUUGGUUGAAGAGCAAAAGAUUGUGAAAAAGGUCUUGAAGAUCCAAAAGGCUAAGGAAAAGCAAGCAUUGAAGGGCUGA